GAGAAACACUUUAACGGAAAUUAAAAAUCGCCACAUUAUCGUAUCCAAAAAAAUAUUGCAAAUGUUAUAAUGGAUAUUCUUAAAGCAGAAAUAGCAAGAAAACGGAAGCUUCUUGAAGACAAAAAGAUACUCGACCCAAACAAAAAGUAUUUCAAGCGAGGUGAAUUAUUAGCCAAAGAGGAAGAAGAAUACCUCGCCAAGUAUGGACCUCGCAAACCAGAGCCAGAGGACUCUAAGGAAGAAGAGGAAAAAGCAGAAAAAGUACGUCAAGAGACCAGAGACUCGGAGCAAGCGGCCAUCCUGCCUCGUGCGGAGGUGGUGAAGAGGCUUCGUGAGCGGGGACACCCGAUACUGUUGUAUGCAGAGAGUGAGGUGCAGGCGUUCCGCAGGCUGCGCAGGAUAGAGAUACAGGAACCGGAGGCUAAUAAAGGCUUCAGGAAUGACUUUCAAGAAGCUAUGGACAAAGUGGAUCAAGCAUACCUGGAUGAAAUAUUGGCAUUAGGAACACAGAAUGAAGGGGAGAAAUCCAAGGAAGAAGAUCUAAAUGACUGGGUGACGUACGACUCCAUCCUGGACAUGGCCAAGACCAUGGGCCAAGGGGACCGGAACCAUGACAUGAAUGUCAUAUUGAUACUUUUACAGUUUCUACUAAAGAUGUGGGGCCAGCAGUUGAACUCGGCCUCAGCUUCAGAGAAGACCGCAGUGAAACACAAGAUGCAGCGAGCCACGUACCAACAGACCUGCGUGUAUCUGAAGCCACUGACACGGAAACUGAAGAACAAGUCUUUACCAGAGGAUAUCACCGACAGUCUCAUUGAGAUUACUAAUCAUUUGCUGUCCAGGAACUAUAUUAAGGCGAGCGACGCAUACCUCCAAAUGGCAAUCGGCAACGCGCCCUGGCCCAUCGGAGUGACCAUGGUGGGAAUCCACGCGAGAACCGGUCGAGAGAAGAUCUUCUCCAAAAACGUAGCUCACGUCAUGAACGAUGAGACCCAGAGAAAGUACAUUCAAGCCCUGAAGAGACUGAUGACGAAGUGUCAAGAGUAUUUCCCGACUGACCCGUCUAGGUGCGUCGAGUAUACUAAGGUUGAGUGAUUGUGAAUAAAGUUUAGUUUGAUUUUUA